UUACCAGGGAUUGAAAAGUUGUCGUACAUAAUCGAAUCAAGCUGUUGUAUUAUGUACAUCGAUUCCGAUCGAAGCAGUUACAUAUGAAGAACCGAAAAAACCUCAUUGUUCAUCGUGUCAUUGUACGUAUGUACAUGCACAUGUAGAAUAUACAAAUGGACCUACUUGUGAACGCAUGCGUGCCGGUAACUGAUUCCUGAAAAGUGUAGGAGUUCUCGCAUCUAUACUGCAAUUUAUACUGCGCGCUAACGCACACUAACGCACUUUCAUCCAUCGAAAACAUCUGUCAGGUCCAUGGUCCCGUCGUCUCGUUCCUGUUCGAAUGCCAAGUACGUUCGUAAUACACGUACAUAUGUACAUGUUGUGUAUCAUGUACCGUUCAAUGGCGAGUAUCGAUGACGUUUAGAAACCGAACUAGUACACAUCGUCAUCGUAAUCUACACUACACGUGAUAACGAGUUCAAGUUCCGUUUUGUGGUCGGCUUACUUUGCGAUAUAUGUUGUACAUUGUACCUGAACCGUUAUUUAUGAAAGAACGUUCGUUGGAUAUUUAAUGGUAACACCGUGGAAGCGGCGUGAUUGUUUAUUAAUGGAUGAACCUAGCCAGGCCAAUUACGCGACAGGUGACAACAGAAAAAUCAAUUCUGUUACUCGAUAUUCAUAAUAUAUGUUAUUCGUAUUAUCGGAGACGAUAGAAUAAAGAAAAUUUGAAUGAAUAACAAUACGCGUAAUUCAGCUAUCGCGAGGCAAAGCGGUGUAGCGCAAUGGACUAUGAUUGCAUUAAUAAAUUAUGAUUAUAUUAAUCAGCGUUAUUUGUGUUUUCAUAUAAUUAAUGUUUAAGGACAUUGUUGGUAAUUUUAAAUCAUGGAUUAUGAUUAUAUUACCUUUCAAAGAGAAAGAGAUGUUCAUAAUAAAUGUUACGGCGGAAGAUUAUGGUGUAUUAAAGACAUAUGUGGAAUUAUAUGCGCAGUUUUAACAUGGUUGUUAAUCAUCUACGCAGAAUUUGUUGUGAUGGCAGUGAUCCUUAUUCCUACAAUAAAUACUUUAUAUUCUGGUCUGAACACUGCGAUAUUUCAAUCGUUAACUUUCUUAGCCUUUGCUUCUCAUUUGAGGACAAUGUUCACAGAUCCGGGUGCUGUUCCAAAAGGCAACGCGACGAAAGAGAUGAUAGAACAAAUGGGAUUUAGAGGCGGACAAUUAAUUUUUAAAUGUCCAAAGUGCUGCUCUAUUAAGCCGGAUAGAGCGCAUCACUGUUCCGUUUGCCAAAGAUGUAUUAGGAAAAUGGACCACCAUUGUCCGUGGGUGAAUAAUUGUGUGGGAGAAAAUAAUCAAAAGUAUUUUGUACUGUUUACGUUCUACAUAGCUGGAAUGUCGUUGCAAUCUUUAUUCUUGUGUAUACAACAGUUUACAACGUGUGUAAGACAAGAGUGGAAGGAAUGUUCUACGUUCAGUCCACCCGCGACGGUGGUGCUGUUGCUUUUUUUGGCUUUCGAGGCGCUUCUCUUUGCCAUUUUUACCGCUGUAAUGUUGGGAACGCAACUGCAAGCCAUUUGGAACGACGAAACUGGCAUCGAACAACUCAAGAAAGAAGAAGCUAGAUGGGUCCGUAAUAGCAAAUGGAAAUCUAUUCAAGCCGUGUUCGGAAGAUUUUCAAUCGCAUGGUUCUCGCCAUUUACCUCGCCUCCAAAGUGCAAAACGAAGCUAGAUUCUUAUUUAUACUCGGUGUAAUGUAUUCGGUUACAUGGCUACACAUCCCAGGGAUAUAUUUAAUACAUGUAAAUAUAGAUUAUAUACAAUAUACAUAUAUAUAUAUAUAUAUACAUAUAUGUGUAUAAACUAUAUAUGUAUACGACGUAUCAUGGAGUCGUGUACAAGUAAAUAGAAUAGAAUUUGUAAUUUUAUACCAUUAUCUAAAGAUUCAUUGCGACCAUAUUUGAAAUGUACUUAAAAGUGCGCGCAUGCGUUUAAUAUAUACUUCUUAUAUACACACAGGUAUUUUAAGUGCGAAAAAGAAACGUAAACAUUUGUAAAUUAUCGAGCAUAUUAUCGCGUUAUGCUUGUCGUAAAGCUUCUUGUAUUUAGAUUUUGGUAUCGUUGUAUCAUGCUAGCGACACGACUAAAAAUCUGACUGUAAAUGUUUUACCCGUGAUACGUUUGGUGCAUAUUGUACGUUCGUAAUCGGCAUCGUAAGCAUUAGCGUGUUACGAACAUGUAUACAAUGCGACAAGGAAUACAUGGAACAUGACAAAUUAAUUUUGAAAUCGAGGUUUCGCACACUCUAGAUUCUAGCUAAAAUGUAGAGUGCACAUUGUGAUACGUAGCGCAUAUUUUCGCAUAUUUUCGCAUAUUUUCGCAUAUUUUCGCAUAUUUUCGCAUAUUUUCGCAUAUAUUUUCGAAACGAAUUUAGAAUUAUUGAUCGUAGACCGCGACGGGGGUACGCUAUAUUUCGGGAUCGACUGUAAUUAGUUGACGAAUUGUCAGGAUACGGAAAUUUCGACUAGACAAUAAUGUCAAGAAUCCAGUGAUUUUUACGAGCAGCUACAAGUUUAUCGUAAGACGUCUCAUUUUUUCGAGCAAGCAUAUCAUAAUUUAAUUCCAUUUCCUUAUCCUUCGAUUUUGUAUUUAUAUGAGGAUACCUGAUUUUUUGUAUAAAUAAAUUGUUGUACAGUUUCUUAUAUUUA